CGGAAAACAUUUUGCCCUUCAAACGUGUUACCAUCUUUUUCUUUCCUUUUUUUUCUUUCUUUUUUUUUUCCACCAAAAGAUUGUAUAGAAAACACUCAAAACAGAAAAUCAAUUGACACAGUCCCAAGCAAGGACAUAGGAUUAUCGAAGUUAUCCGGUGAAAUUUCUUGCAGAUAACAGCCAUGGCCUCCGCAAUCCCAAUGAGUGUGUUGGGCCCUCUUCCUUAUCCUUCACAGGGAAAAUGUUGCCAACCUUCGUUAAAUUCUCCCAAUACCCAACUGAUAUGUAGUUCCACAAGUUCUAGGUCGAUUUCUUUGCAAGUUCAAACUAUGAACUUCCCUGUAAGAACACUAACAUGGGGAUCUCAACGCUCAAGUUUUCCUAUCGUGAGAGAAGCAUCUCCCAUGAAGAACAGAAGACUCACCUGUGUAAACUCUACGACAAAAGAUGUAGAGUUGCAAGCAGAAGUCUCAACAAAGUGCUUUUUUGACAUAGAAAUUGGAGGUGAACCGGUAGGUAGAAUCGUGAUAGGACUUUUCGGAGAUGUUGUUCCAAGAACGGUAGAGAACUUCCGAGCCUUGUGCACAGGUGAGAAGGGAUAUGGGUAUAAAGGAUGCUCCUUCCAUAGGGUGAUUAAAGAUUUUAUGAUUCAAGGAGGGGACUUCACUAAUGGAGAUGGAACUGGUGGUGUUAGUAUCUAUGGUUCCAGUUUUCGAGAUGAGAAUUUUUCAUUGAAGCAUGUAGGACCUGGUGUACUUAGCAUGGCCAAUGCCGGACCUAAUACUAAUGGAAGCCAAUUCUUCAUCUGUACUGUAAAGACGCCAUGGUUGGACAAUCGCCACGUUGUGUUCGGACAUGUUAUUGAAGGAAUGGAUGUUGUGCAAAAAAUUGAAUCACAAGAAACAAGCAGGUUAGAUAUUCCUCGCCUGCCAUGUAGAAUUGUUAAUUGUGGAGAACUACAGAUGAUGGUUGAUUAGCCUUGUAAUUAUCUGUAGCUAUUGAGUUCUUUGAGGCUUAGGUAUGCAUAUGAUUCAUCUUAGUAGUUCUGGGUGGAGUAUCUCUUUAUCCAUCUUUUCCUUAAAAGUUCUUGUUCUAUUUGUAAAUGGUGACUUGUCCUGUUAGCUACAAGUAGUGAGAGAUGUAUUAUUAUUGUAGAAUAUCGAUACUUAAAGCUGUUAGCUACGAGUAGACUGAGAACUGGUACACAUAUUUCUUGUUAAUAGAGAAACAAAUCGUUUACAUAGCUA